AUGGACUUCCCAUCCAAACCUUUAACCCAACUCCUAGGUUCAAACGAUGAAAACCGCAAGGCUGACAACCCGCUCUUUUCCCCUCCAGGCCCAGUCCACGCCCUAACCUACUCCUCCUCCCCCUCAACCUACAUCCUAACCGGCUCCUCGGACCGCACCAUCCGUCUCUACAAUCCAUCUCGCCCUUGCCCCACGCCAUCCUCCUCGUCUACACCUCUCUCCCCCCCAAAACCCACCCAGCUCAUCCAAUCCUACUCCGCACACGGAUACGAAGUCCUCUCCCUCACCGUCGCAAGCGAUAACGCAACCUUCGCCUCUGCGGGCGGCGACCGCGCCGUCUUCCUCUGGGACGUGGCGACAGCGAAAACCCUUCGCCGCUUCCAAGGGCACACCGCUCGCGUUAAUGCCGUGACUUUCGCCGCGCAGGGCGACAGCGUGCUGGUGUCCGGCAGCUUCGACGCGAGCGUGCGGCUCUGGGACGUGCGGAGCCAGAGCGGGAAGCCGGUCAUGGUGCUUGACGACGCGAGGGAUAGCGUGACCUGCGUGUUGGUUUCUCGAGAAGGAGGGGGAGGGAGAGGGGGAGGGGGAAUGGGCGAGUACGAGGUUCUGGCGGGGAGUGUGGAUGGGCGGGUGAGGUGCUAUGAUUUGCGGUUUGGGAGGGUCGAGACGGAUGUCAUUGGUGCGAGCGUGACGAGUUUGGAGAGGACGAGGGAUGGCAAGGGGGUGCUUGUUGGGGGGCUGGAUAGUUGUGUUAGGCUGAUGGAUCGGGAGGGUGGGGGGCUUUUGAAGAGUUAUAAAGGUGCGGGGUGGAGGAACGAGGAGUUUAGACUUCGCAGCGUGUUUGGGAAGAGCGAGAGGUGGGUUUUGUGCGGGAAUGAGGAUGUAAAGGGUGCGGACGGGGAAGUCGUGGUCUGGGAUACACUGAGUGGGGAGGUGGUGGAGAGGGUUCGGGUGGAGGGCUCGAAAGUCGAAGCGAAGAGGAAGAUUGGGACGGAUGGCAAGGAGAGGGAAAGGAAGAAUGUGGUGAGUUGUUUGGCGUGGAAGGAUGGCGUGAGGGGCGAUCAGUGGUGCUGUGCUGGUACCGAUGGAAUUGUGACUAUUUUUGGGCCGCCUUGA